CUAAAUUCCUUAUUUUUCUCCAUUUAUAUAUUGCGGAAGUGCAGGACAACCUUUUAUUUAUAUGGCAUAGAGUCCACACUUUUAACGUUUUUGGUAUUUAUUAGUGUUUUCAGAGUGUGGUGGAAACAUUGAAAACCUUUCACGGUAUUAGCGGACAGAAACAUGGAGGACGACGCCCCCGUCAUUUAUGGUCUGGAGUUUCAGGCACGAGCACUGACUGCCCAGACAGCUGAGACUGAUGCCGUUAGAUUCCUGGUGGGCACACAGUCUCUGAGGUUUGACAACCAGAUCCACAUCAUUGACUUUGAUGAUGAGAAUAACAUCAUUAAUAAGAAUGUCCUGCUGCACCAAGCUGGGGAGAUAUGGCACAUUGGUGCCAGUCCUGCAGAUAAGGCUGUGCUUACCACCUGCUAUAACAAAACCAGUGACAGCAGGGUGGUGUCCUGCGCGGCUGUUUGGAGAAUGCCCUCUGAUUGGGAGACAGGAAAUCAUGAGUCACCAGACGACUCCGCCCACAACCCCCAAAGCCUGGAGCUUCUUUGUCACCUAGAUGGCACCAAUGGCAAUGCUGCCUGCGUGCUCUGGGAGCCCAUGGGUGACGGCAAACGUGUGAUUUCAUUGGCUGAUAAUUAUGCACUGCUCUGGGACCUGCAGGAGAGUUCUACACAGGCCACAGUGUCCAGCACUAUCACCCAUGAGGGCAAAGGCCAGCUGAAGUUCACUUCAGGCAAGUGGAGUCCUCAUCAUAACUGCAGCCAGCUCGCCACAGCUAAUGACACCGCUAUACGAGGCUGGGACCUGCGCACCAUGAGUCAGAUCUAUUGCAUCGAGAACGCCCAUGGCCAGCUGGUGCGUGACCUGGACUUCAACCCAAACCGUCAGUACUACCUGGCCAGCUGCGGAGAUGACUGCAAGAUCAAGUUCUGGGAUGUCCGCAAUGUCCAGGAGCCUGUCAAGACCCUGGAGGAGCACUCCCACUGGGUGUGGAGUGUCCGCUAUAACCAUAGCCAUGACCAGCUGGUGCUAACAGCCAGCAGUGACAGCCGCCUGAUCCUCUCCAAUAUGGUGUCCAUAUCUUCAGAGCCUUUUGGACACCUGGUGGAUGAUGAGGAGCUCAGUGAUGGGGAGGAAAAUCACCAGGAGGACAAGAGUAAGGAGCCCCUAAAGGACAGCGUGGUGUCCACAUACGAAGAACACGAGGACAGCGUCUACGCGGCCGAGUGGUCGUCAGCCGACCCCUGGCUCUUUGCUUCUCUCAGCUACGACGGGCGGCUCGUCAUCAACAGAGUCCCGCGAGCCCUCAAGUACCGCAUCCUGCUCUGAGAGCAAGGCGUGGCACACGCAUGUGCACCGCGAACAAACGUGUAGUUAAUAAGACAUUAAAUAUAGCC